AAGGCACUUAAAUAUGAUUCAAAGUACAUCCUGCAUGACGGUGCAAACUUCACUCAUCAGCCUUGAGGAGGAUCCAAGCUCUUUUGGCAGUGUUUACAUCAGCACCCAACCUCGAGAAUGUGGUAGCGGGACCAAUCGGCAGUCAUCCAGCGGGUUCAUAGAGCCGACAAAAAUACCACAGGCAUGCACUUAAAGCAGUUUCCGGUCGUGCUCUUUACUCUUCGGGCUUCCCUUCAUCAUUCGCUCAAUGCGGCAUGUUUCUCGACGGCCAAAAAUGACUUUCAUUUUGGCUAGCACUCCAUCCAUGCAAGUCAGCCCAGCCGAGCUCUCUGCGGAUAAAGCGACAAAGGCCUUAAUAACUUGGCAAAUAUUUAUAAAAUACAAAUACUCCUGAGGAUAGGUUUAAACCUUUAACCCCAAAACUGUAUGGUCCUAGUCGUCACUUAUUCCGAUCCAUUUUCCUUGUUCCUGACAGCUCUUGGCUGUGUGAAAACAUAGAUCUGCUCAGUUCGGUUUAUUGUGGUCUGGCCUUUCGACCGUUUCCAAACUUGCAUGUUUAGCCGAAAACUGAAGUGAAGGAGGGCGGCACGAGGACAUGGAGGACAUGGAGGCUCGUUGCUCCGUACUUCCUGGUGUGGCAUGCUACAGCGUCCGUUCGUUCGAAGGAACGAAGGAACAUGUAUUGUACAUACUGUACGGAUAUAACACACUUCACCCGUCGAGAUGGUGGAAUCUGGAGCAACAACUCCUCGUUCAAAUGAGCUCGAGAGGGACAGAAGGACCAAGAAGACAGAGAGAUAUGGAGAGAAGGCGAGAAGGCGCUCUUCAUCCUCGCACAGUAUGUCGUGGAAGUAGCCCUUGGAAUGGGGAGCAUGAUCCUCGCAGGGUGAGGAAGGAAGUGAACUGGCGCACGGACAACCCGCCAGAGCCCUUGUCUUCUCACAGAGCGGGGGAUUGGAGUGAGUGCGCUUCGAGCUUGAAAGACCAAGUCAAGAAGACAUGAAGGAAAGGUUUGUUUAUACGCCAAGGCUGGCCUUUUCAUUUCGUUAUCUCAACCCUUACGAAGAUGAGGCGUGCCGUGAGUCCAUGGCGGAAUGUGCCACGCGAAUGUGGCUAGUCCUCGAAGCGACUGUCCUCUUUCGUUUUUGAAGAGAGAAAAAGAGAGAGAUGUAAUCAGUUUACAGAUCACUUUUAAUCUGACAAGUCCAUGGGGAUAUUAAUUAUUCCAAAGGGACGGAACUUUUGAAACCAACUUGGGACAGGUGAUAUAUAGCACAUGUAGCAGUUGUAACUUACAUUGCUUGUCAUUGUCCUUCCCGUCCUUGCGGCCAAUCCUCGGGAAAUGUGAUACCAAACCAAAGCUUUGCUUGGGGGAGGCCAACCAGGGCGGCGAUUGCCCUCGCUAUUACACGUUGUGAGUGACGAUUGUCAGUGAUAUUCGACAUGGGGAGCCUAAUAGGACAUGUGGUCCCUGGAUCCUUCUUCAUAAUUUUCGCCAUUUGGUGGACUUACGAUGCCUUUCGACGAUAUUUUGCGAGCCUAUGGCAGGACCGACAGUUCCGAGCGUCAACUUUCAGUACCAGUUGCAACAACUGCCACAUCAACUAUUCAUCUCCAUCAGAGGAACAGAGAAAACGUUCGAUGCCACUCUCAAGGAUCCCUCCCAUCGAGCCCACACUCAAAUUGUUGGCCGUUAUUUUUGGCAUGGUGGGUGAAUACGCCACAGCAUUGGACGAUAGUGGCAAUUUUGUGGCCAUUCACAACGGCCAACAUAUGACAAUGUUCGGAUUCUUCGCGUUUAACGCCAUAUUUGAGUUACUGUACGCCUAUCAAGUACCUGGUUUACCACCCGAUCUCGAUUACCUGACGGGGGCCAUUGCCUUUGCCAUUGAGGGCCUUCUAUUCAUCUGGCACCUUCACGGUCGCUCUCAUUUGGACACUCAGGUGCAUACGUUCUUAGUGUAUGCCAUCGUUAUGUGUGUAGUUUCAACCAUUCUCGAGAUCUUUUUCAAAGAUGAUGUGCGGCCCCGUCUUCUGCGGGCUGGGUUCACGCUUUUACAGGGCACUUGGUUCUUUUUUGUGGGCUUCAUUUUGUAUCCACCGCAAGGUUGGAAGACGUGGGCUCCUGAAGACCAUGAGCAAAUGAUGAUUGUAACCAUGAUGUUCACCUGGAAUGUAGCUGGGGUGCUGCUUUUCCAAUUGGUCUUGGGAUGUAUUGUUUAUCUCAGUAUGAGGCGGCAUUUCUUCAAGAAACCUCUUCUGAAAAAGAGCCCCAUCGACAUGAAUAGCAAUCACGGUUAUACCAUUGUUCCUGAGAGCGAUGUCAUGCUCAAUCUUUUAGAAGAUGACGAGGAAUAACAAUAGUGGAUCCUUCCAUCCUCCCGCUACUUCAGAAUGCUUAACAAUCAAAAUGAGAAUUUCUUCUUCUCUCAACGAUGAAAUCACUGACAAACUAUGACGAAUCACUACAAAGUCUUGCUGUUUAUCCUUUUCAUCUUGUCUGGAAUCUACUUCUCAGGUUCCAUUCGAUUCAAUAACAAAGCAAAGUAAUCUCAUUGGUCACCCACUCUUACACUCCUACUCUUUCAAAAUAUAUAAAGAUACAAAUUUCGUAUCUCCCGCUUAUUCAUUUGCGGUUGAUUGGAUUUUUUGCGUAAUUGGACGAAAGAAGUUUGCAUUUAUUCGAACUAUUUAGGCUUGUCUCAAUCAUGUGCCUUUCGCGUCUGCUUCGUGUACUUCGAAUCUAAAUGCACAAACUCUCAACGAUCUUUUCCCCCCAUUCUAUGAUAUCCGUUAGUUUAUUAACCCACUCACUCAGCCAACAAAAACCCUGCGAUAUUGUAGCCAACAAUGCUGCUUUUUAUAGUCACAAGUAGUUUCUAUCUUUAAUCUUCCUGCUUUUAUUUUUCACCUUAUUAUAAAGUGCACUUACGAAGAAGUCCCAAUAUACGAAUAAACGUCUGUUACACUA